GCACCGGGCACCGCCGGUACCGUGCGAUGCGGGUGCUGCGCUUGGGCCGGUGGCUGCGGGCGCUGCCGCGGAGGCUUCCGCCCGCCCGGGCCCUGCUGACCAACACCCCGGGCCCGGCACCGCAGGGCGAGCAGCGGCCGCCUCCGCAGGAGGUGACGGUGGAGGUGCUGGAGCACCUGGAGCACUUGGCCUUGGUUGAUUUCCGCGAUGCCGAGGGCGUCGAGCGGCUGCGGAAGGCGAUCCGGUUUGCAGACCUGCUCCAGGAAGUGAACACCGAGGGCGUAGAACCGAUGGACUCGGUCCUGGAGGACAGGUGUCUGUAUCUCAGAGAAGAUGAUGUUACAGAAGGCAACUGCACAAAAGAGCUGCUGAAAAAUGCCAGAGAGAAAGUAGAGGAAUAUUUUGUAGCCCCACCAGGUAACAUCCCUUUACUAAAGCUGGAAGAACAAGAGACUUUUCUGCAGGGCUCUCAGUGAAAGCUCAGAUACCAAACACCUUCUCAGCAUUUUAUUUGGGAAAACUAAGGUUUGUGCAGCCACAGCUGAAGAACCUGGCAUGUAUUUUGAUCAGAAGAAGAGCACUUGGAAGGCAAUUUACAGAAGGAGGAUGGUGUAAAAAGUUGAGUAGUGCUGUGGAAAUUUCAAUGCUUAUAAAGCUGGGAGGCAGCAUGACAGAUCACUGCAGUGUUUUAUUUAGCAAAAUGAAUUUGAUCUUAUUCUUUUAAGACACUAAGUGACUUAAAAGGCUUUAAGGAGAACAUUAAAAAACCCCAGAACACUAUUUUUCUGUAAGAAGUUUGUCAGUAAAACAAGAGUGGCUGGAAGGCUAUAUUUGCCUAUUGCUCACCUUUGGCUCAGCCCCAGCUCUGACCCAGUCAGAAGUAACAAAGUCUGAGGAAAAGUCCAUCCCAUUGCUGAGUAUCUCUCUUGUGCAGACAGAACUCAGAGUUUCAUUACAGAAGAAAAGGCAUUUUAAGAAGCUUAUUCACUCAAAUAUUUUGUUUCUAUUAAAUAUUUCUAUUUUAUCUCUGUGCCUCCAUGUCUGGACAGGUUACCUUCUAUUUUCUACUUUAUAUUUUUAUUGUCACAAAUAUCAGGACUUGUACAUAAUCUGAGGAAGAGAACUUUUAACACACAGGAAUAGUGACUCUAAAGUUAAAAAUCUUUGCCAUAAAUAUUUCUGUAUGUCAGAAAUUAACCUCUAAUGAUACUACUGGCAGUAAUUCCUAGAUUAAACAACUGUUUUGUUAAAACCAGAGCAUUGCUGUUUGGGUUAUUUAAAAUAUCCUGUCUCUAAACUUGUAAAUAAAGAAUGUGAUUACUUGUGAACUGGG